AGGUUGCAGCGUCAUACGUAAAGUUACAAGCAGAGUGGGAGUCGGACUGGCAGCAUUGGUCCGUCUGCCGUGGGGAGACUUCUUUUGGACCCUGUUGCCCUCUCAACUUUGCAAAGUGAAAAGGAAGUGGCCAUGGAAGACCUGGGGGAAAACACCACCGUCCUGUCCACCCUGAGGUCUUUGAACAACUUCAUUUCUCAGCGAGUGGAGGGAGGAUCGGGACUGGACGUCUCCACUUCUGCCCAGGGCUCUCUGCAGACGCAGUACCAGCAGAGCAUGCAGUUGGAGGAGCGAGCGGAGCAGAUCCGGUCCAAGUCUCACCUCAUCCAGGUGGAGCGGGAGAAGAUGCAGAUGGAGCUGAGUCACAAGCGGGCUCGAGUGGAGUUGGAGCGGGCUGCCAGCACGAGUGCCAGGAGCUAUGAGCGCGAGGUGGACCGCAACCAGGAGCUCCUGACGCGCAUCCGGCAGCUGCAGGAGCGGGAGGCCGAGGCGGAGGAGAAGAUGAAGGAGCAGCUGGAGCGCCACAGGCUGUGCCAGCAGAGCCUGGACGCGGCCGGCAGGAGACUGCGGGAGAAGGAGGACGGCCUGGCCGAGGCCAGCGAGACCAUCAGCGCGUUAAAGGGGAGGAUCUCGGAGCUGCAAUGGAGCGUCAUGAACCAGGAGAUGCAGGUGAAGCGCCUGGAGUCGGAGAAGCAGGAGCUGAAGGAGCAGCUGGACCUGCAGCACAGAAAGUGGCAGGAAGCUAAUCAGAAGCUUCAGGAACUCCAGGCCUGCCAAGACGCGAGGGUGGACCAAGAGCAGAGGAUUAGGGACUUGGAGCAGAAGCUGUCCCUGCAGGAGCAGGACGCCGCGAUUGUGAAGAACAUGCGGUCGGAGCUGGUGCGGCUGCCCACGAUGGAGAGGGAGCUGCGGCAGCUGCGGGAGGAGACGGCCUGCCUGCGGGAGCUGCGAGAGACCAACGGGCUGCUCCGGGAGGAGCUGGAGGGGCUGCAGCGGAAGCUGGGGCGGCAGGAGAAGAUACAGGAGACGCUGGUCGACCUGGAGCUGGAGAAGGAGAGGCUGCUGUCGAAGCUGCAGAGCUGGGAGAGCCUGGACCAGACCACGGGCUUGAGCGUCAGGUAAGCGGAGGGCGCGGCGCCUUCAGUCCCCACCUCC